AUGGGAGAAGAAACAGGUGAGGAAUCGAAAGCUAGCAUCGGCAGAGCAAUCGAAGCGAUAUCCUCAUUGAUUUCACUCUCUCACUCAAUCAAAUCCUUCAACGUCAAAUGGCAGCUCAUACGAACCAAGCUCGAGGAGCUCUACUCCGGCCUCGCCGCUCUCCAGAACCUCGACUCCGAUUUCGACCCGUCUCUCUCCAGCUUACUCUCCGCCAUCCUCGCCACUCUCAGAGACUGCUACGACCUCGCUACUCGCUGCGUGAACGUCUCCUACAGCGGGAAGCUCCUGAUGCAGAGCGAUUUGGACUUAAUCGCCGGGAAAUUCGACCGACACACGAGAAACCUCUCCCGGAUUUACUCCGCCGGGAUCCUCAGCCACGGAUUCGCGAUCGUCGUCUCGAAACCCACCGCCAACUCCUGCAAAGACGACAUGAGGUUUUACGUUAGAGAUUUGCUCACGAGGAUGAAGAUUGGGGAUCUGGAGAUGAAGAAGCAGGCUUUGCGGAAGCUCAACGAAGCCAUGGAAGAGGACGAUCGAUACGCGAAGACCGUGAUCGAGAUCAGCGACGUCGUCAACAUCCUCGUCGGGUUUCUCGAUUCCGAGACUGGGAUUCAAGAGGAAUCAGCGAAAGCUCUGCUUUUUAUCUCCGGAUUCGGCUCUCACACUCACAGGUCGGUUCUGAUCCGAUCGGGAGUGAUUGGUCCUCUCGUUAGGGCUCUUGAGAACGGGAACGAUUCCGGUAGAGAAGCGUCCGCAAGGUGUUUGAUGAAAUUAACGGAGAAUUCGGAGAACGCUUGGUCCGUCUCUGCUCACGGAGGCGUCUCCGCGUUGCUAAAGAUCUGUUCUUGCGGCGAUGGCGAAUCCAACGGCGGAGAAUUGAUCGGUGUCUCGUGCGGAGUGUUGAGAAACCUCGUCGGCGUUGAAGAGAUCAAGAGGUAUAUGAUCGAGGAAGACGAUGGUUUAACGACUUUCGUCAAGCUGAUUGGUUCUAAAGAAGAGAUUGUUCAGGUGAAUUCGAUUGAUCUCUUGUUGAGUAUGUGUUGCAAAGACGAAGAGACACGUGAGAGCUUGGUUAGAGAAGGAGGAAUCGAGAAGCUGGUUUGUGUGUUGUCAUCAUCAGAUUCUAAUUCGUCUUCGAAAGCUAAGGAAGUAGCGUUGAGAGCGAUUGAUAGCUUAUGUUUUGGAUCUGUGAAUUGUUUGAAUGCGUUGUUGAGUUGCAAGUUCUUGGAUUGUUUGUUGUAUCUGUUAAGAAACGGUGAGAUCUCUGUUCAAGAAUCGGCCUUGAAGGUUACUUCAAGGCUGUGUGGUUUGCAAGAAGAGGUUAAGAGGUUGAUGGGAGAGGCAGGGUUUAUGCCGGAGCUGGUUAAGUUUCUUGAUGCUAAAUCGAUGGAGGUUAGAGAAAUGGCGAGUGUUGCGUUGUACUGCUUGAUCUCUGUGCCUAGGAACAGGAAGAAGUUUGCGCAGGACGACUUUAACAUUAGCUACAUUCUCAAGUUGCUUGACCAUGAUGAAGAUGAUGGGAGGAGCAGUGUGAUGGGUAACACCAAGUUUCUGAUAUCGAUUUUGAUGUCGUUGACGAGCUGUAACAGUGCGAGGAGGAAGAUUGCGGCUUCAGGGUAUUUGAAAAGCAUUGAGAAGUUAGCUGAGACUGAAGGCUCUGAUGCUAAGAAACUUGUCAAGAAGUUGUCUAAGAACAGAUUCAGAAGCAUGCUAAGUGGUAUUUGGCAUUCCUAA